AUGGCCCCACCGGCGGCGGCCACCGUCGAGGACUUCGACGACGACGACCCGUAUGCACCAUACAGGCCGUCGUCACAGGAUUCCAGCUCGACAACGUCUUCUGGUCCACAGUCGAGUCCCGACUCGGCAUCACCACGCUCCGACACACGUCCCUCGGCGUCUUCCGCCUCCGCCUCCGCCUCACAUUCUCCGCCGUCUUCGUCAAGAACCCCAGCGUCUUCAGGCGCCCAACGACCGGCAGAAUCCUCGCGAUCCAGUCGCGACCCUGAGUCCGGCACCCAGCGCAGCAGGACCAGUGCACCGCCCGCCGCUUCUCAAGACGAUGGCGAAGAGGAUGACGAGCCUCUGUUCGGGGGUCGGCCGUUCCGAGACGCACACGACCCGACCAAGGCAGGGCCCUCGCAUACCUCUGACCCGGUCCAGGACGCGGACAAGGAAGGCCUCUAUGCCCUCCUCAACGUGGACAAGGAGGCGACAGAAGAGCAGAUCAAGGACGCCUACCGAUCCCUGGCUGUCGUGCUACAUCCUGACAAGCAUCAGGACGCCGUCCGCAAGGCGGCUGCCGAGUCGCGCUUCCGCGAGGUCCAGCGCGCCUACGAGACCCUCAUCGAUCGCGAGAAGCGCGCCGUGUACGACCACUUUGGCGAGGAAGGCCUCAAGUCGUCCUGGACCGUCUCGCUGCGCGGCCGCACCCCCGCAGAGAUGCAGGCCGAGUUUGAGCGGGAGUCGCGGCGCCGGCAAGCUGCCGAUGCCGAAAACCUCGUCAAGUCCAAGGGUGACUUUACCGCCCACAUCGAUGCCACCGCCCUCUUUGCUCGGCCAGAGCGGAUCCCAAGGCCCAAGGGGAGGUUCGGCCCGGUGACGCUCGAGGAGCGCAUCAAUCGGGUCGGCUGCACGCAGCUGAUUGGCAAGCACGGCUUCGACACGCAGGUGACCAACACGACGUCGCUCAACCUCUCCGGCCAGAUGGUCAGUCGGGGCGGCAUGGGAGGCGGCAAUCUCGUCGGCACUGUCAAGGCACAUUGGAGUCCCAGGCUGUUCUCGGAGGUCACGAUGACGUUUAUCCGGCCACACAUCCUCACCACAAAGGGGCAGUACACGCUCGAUCAGAACUCGUUCUUCACCUGGCAGAGCACGCUGCAGACGCUUGCCUCGCCGCCAACGCUCAAUCUCACCUACGGUCAGCGGCUCUCGUCCAAGUCAAUGCUGACGGGCUUCACGUCGAUCCGCUCGGGCACCUACACUGUCGGGCCAUGGGGCAAGUCGCUGUCGCCCCGAGCCAUGUUCCGGCGUGAGCCCCCCGUCGCCUCAGUGGGGCUGACGAAGCAGGUGGGCGAGGGCAAGGGCUGGACGGUGCAGACGUCGAUUUCCGAGGUGGACCAGAGCAUCGGCGCCGACUGGGCGACAAAGGUGCUGGGAGGCGUCAAGGUGCGCGUCGGCUUCAACCUCGGGACCGGCUCGGGCCUCUCGGCCUUCACCAAUGGCGAGCGACGGCUGACCGAGGCGGUGCGGCUGAGCCUGGGCCUCAACUUUGGCGUGCCAGGCGGCGUGACGCUGCGGGUGCGCGUCAACCGACUGGGGCAGAAGGUCAUGGUGCCGAUCCAGCUCUCGUCCGAGUUCCGGAGCGACCUCGUCAUCCUCUUUGCGGCGCUGCCCGCGGCAGGGUACACGGCGCUGCACCACCUCUACCUGCAGCCGCGCAAGCGGCGCCGGAUCACGGACAAGCUGGCGCACCUGCGGCGCGACCACGCCGAGGUCAUCCUGCAGCGGCGCACCGCCGCCAUCGAGGCGUGCGAGGUGCUGCGCGACCAGGCCCUGAAAAAGGCCGAGGCCGAGAUGCGCAAGGGCGGACUGGUCAUUGUCGAGGCCUGGUACGGGAGGAGGGAGGCGUUCCCACCGCCCCUCGAGGGGAGCGAAGAGGAGCUGGGGCAGGUGUGGAAGAGGGAGAGGGAACACAGCACCGUACCCGCCGCGGUGCUGGACGGUACCGUGCCGGAUGAGGUGGUGUGGGAUGUCAGGAUCCCGCUCCAGGCUCUCGUCAACAAGGGCCAGAUUGUCGUGCCAGGCGGAAGACCAAAGUCCAACAUCCUCGGCUUCCACGACCCAGUCAUGGGCGAAAAGAAGCACCUCAAGGUACGCUACCUCUUCCGCGGCCAGCUCCACGAGACAUGCAUCGAGGACGCAUCGCCCCUCGCCGCGCCGCUACGAGCCCACCAACUCUGA